AACACAGCUGUCUGUGGAACCACAAGUCCGAGAGCUACAGGAACCGUCUGCUGAGACAGAGUCUGCUGGAGACGCUGAGCACCCUCCUGUCGGACAACGAGCCGGUCCCGUUCACAGUGGAAGACAUAAAGACAAAGUUCAGGAACUUGCGAACCAUCUUCCAACGGGAGCACAAAGCGGUGAGCUCCAACAAAACCUGUGGCUCCGAGGACUUCUACCUGCCCAAGUGGAAACAUUACCGCGAGCUCAUGUUCCUGUGCGACUCCUGCGACGAGGACGAGCGGCCCGACGACCUCCACUUCCACGGGCCGCAGGAGUCCAGCCUCCUCCACCUGGACGGCCAGGCUCCGCCCCCUUCGCUGCUCUACCACGCCGCCAACCAGAACGCCGCCAACCUGCACGGGGCGUCCCGGAGCCUCGACGCCCCGCCCUCGCCGACUCCCCCGGACUCCCAGCGCUCCUCGCCAUCCUCGUCCCCGUCCACGUCGUCCUCGCUGACGGACAGCCGGGUGUCGGGACGCAAGCGGGCGAGCCGCCGGGCGACGCCGACCACCAACGAGGUUCUGGACUUCAUGAGGACGUUCUGUCAGAACCAGGCGGUGUCGCCGCACGCCGGCUUCCUGAAGUACAUAGAGGAGUGUCUGAACGAGACGCCGCCGGACAAAGUGAAGAAACUGAAGAAGAAGAUCAUCGAGACGAUCCACAGCAUUUCAGAAGACGUUUAGCGUCCGUCGGAGGAGCUCGUUGAGUCAACAUUCCUACCAGCUGUGAUAACGGUACUCACACGCUGUCUUCUCAUUCCUACUUGACACUCGGUUCAUUUCUUUGUGCUGAACGAUGAGUCCCGUGUUAAGAAAAGACCCAAACAAACCUUCAGCCUCGUUGGUUUCUACGUUUAGAAACCACUCACGGUAGUUUAAUUUACUGAGCAACGUCCACUAAUUUCCCUCCAACAGAUGAAAUUAUGUGCGAAACUAUACCACUAUUCCUGCAGCGUCAGCAGCAGAGUAGCAGGGCGGACCGUAAACAACCAGGUCUUCUACUGGAGAUAUUUGUGUGGUGCUUCCACGAUGCCAAAUUCAAUACCAAAAAAAAAAAAGGAAUUGAAUGUAUUUGAAUAUGAACAAUAUGUUAACACGUACGACACUCUGUGUUGGUAAACUUAUCAACCAGAGCUGCGGUGAGCUAACGUCAUGAGCCUAAAUAAGCUAACAUUAGCCACAAAAGUUCACAAAAAUAAAACAACAUUCAAGGAAGCGCGUUAAUACACGUGAAGUAAACGACUGAGACUCACUCGGCGUGAGUUCUGCACACAGAUCUGGACUUCAGUAGCUGACUUUGUUUACAUUCUGGCUUCCGGUUGUCUAGAAUUCAUCCCUGAAAAAUAUCUCCAAACACGACUUUUGCUGCCUGUCAUGGUGGAUGUUGGUCUCCAGCAUCUUCAACAUCCCACAGAAUAACAAGAGCUUUGGCAUCGCCUUGGUACCAAACAAUCGUCCUUAGACUGGACUUCUGGGGUAGUUUUAGGAUACGAACGUCCCCUUCAUGGUGAUAAAGACAGGCGUUACUGCUGAGGGCUGUACCAUGAAACAAGUCUGAUAAAUCCGGGUUUUCUUUGUGUAAACUGACUCGACCAAACUUCAUUGAUUCAGCGUUCUUUAUUAACGGGUUUCUUUCUUUAGACUCGCAUAAAGGGAGGCAUUUAAUGCAUUAUGUGAUUGUUCUUCCAGACAAAAUGGACCGGUAAUGUGCUGCCUCCUUCAGUCAGAUGAAAAAGGGUUUUAAGAUAGAGAGAUAUGAAUAAUGUUGACAUUUAUGAGGUAAAAAAGCGCCGCAACUGCAAAUAGAAAACCGUUAGUCCAGUAAGUUGCUUAUUUCUGACUUACUGCUGCACAUUAGAGCUGAACUGAAGAGGUGCAUUUAAAUCCUGACAUGGUGAAAGAAACGUGGAAAGCAGUUGAGCUUUUGGCUAAAUCAAGGUCAGAUUAAUGUUAUUGAUUGAGUAUUUAUGAUAAAUACCAGCAGACUAAUCAGUUUUCUAAUCUGUAUUCUAUCAGCUGCAGUUCAAGUCAUGUCAAACAGACUUGGCAGCAAAUCAGGACCAAGCUUUAAAGAAAAUAUUAAGGCAUUUUCAGCAUCACCACCUGAAUGCAUGCAGGUUCCUGUGGCGACACAAUCCAUCGAGCAUCGAUAUGCUGGAACUGCUCGUCUUCAUUUAGCACGAUCACAAACAAACAGCUUAACAGGUUCGGAGAUUUAACUUAUUCCGAGAAGGUUUGGAUAAAGAGCGACGCUUCUUCCAGCCGAUUUAUAUCCCAAACUCUGACCAGAACCUCCUCCAGAGCAGGUUAGCUCAAUUGGUUGCCAUGGUGAUCUAGCAGGCUAAAAGCUAAAAACUCAGACUUUAGGCUCAACAUACCUGGCUAACCUGCUAAACUGGCUUCAUAGCGCAGCCCUGUCGCCAUGUGUAGCGUCUGAACAGCAGGAGUGAUGGAAAACCUCUGGAAACGUGUUACAGGUUGAAGCUAAUGCUGCACUGUAAGGCUCGUAAAACCAAAUACAAACAGGUCAGAGUGCUCCAAAACUUUUUCUGGGCUUUUAGCUUGAUGUAACAUUGGAUGCUAACAUGCCACCAGUUAGCGUGUUAGCAUGUUUUAACCCUAACCCAUGCAGUAGCAGGCUAACAGAGCCGGAGAUGCUAACAUGCCAUUGAUACCUGUAUGCGCCUUUGAAUUAGUAAUCCGAUUGCAAACACACAGAGAUCUGAAUGCUAACGCUAGCGAGUUGCUAACUGGAUUAUUGACUUGCCAAAGGUUGCAGAGAGUGCAGCGCUAAUUUACGUCUUAGUAGCGUGCAUAAAACACAACUGAAUGAUACCAAAAGACAUCAUAAGGAGGUGGUGUAGUGUUUGUGCCAAAGCGUCGACCAGACUCGGAAAGAUAACUGAACGAAAGCUGUUAGCAUUAGCUUCAAUACCUUGUGCUCAACACACAGUUUUUAUCCGAUGAUUUUAAUACCGGUGACGAGAUUGUUUCCAAAACGGAGCAUCCACCAUUUAAAAUGAGCGUCAAUACGUUCAGUUUUGAGGUUAGAGGUUUAAUAAUUAAGGACAUUUUCUAUUGUUUUUGCUUAUAAAACGUUAUAUUGUUCAAACCUGAACAGUUCAGCCAUAAAAACAGUUUUUACUUGACUUGAGGAAGGACAAACUUUCUGACUUGUCAGCUUUACCACAUCGUCACCAAACCGGUUUAAGGAAACGCUGAGUUUUAUAAAACGACACUGUCAAUAGAAACUGACCUUGUGAAGAUGUAAUCAAACUUUUAAAGUGCGUCUUUAUUAUUUAACCUGCUAUUAAGGCAGUGGGUAAUUAUAAUAUUUAAGUACUGUAGCUGCUUUCUGUUCUGUUACCAGCCUGAACACGUUACAUGUGUUUUUGUGGAGAUUUUAUAACCAGGAUAAGUUUGAGCUGUAAAAAAAAAGAAGUUUAUAAACCUGUAACUAGUCGUGUUGAAAAUAUAUAUAUAUAUGUAAAGAUAUUUGCAUGUGAGGAGUUUAUAAAGGAAAUUCUGGACUUUUCUGUUGAGGUUUUGGUUAAAUCAGGAUCUUUUGAUGCACUCAGUUUUUUUAAAAAUAUGUUUUUUGAAUUGCACAUUUAUAUAUGAAUUGUUUGUUUAACGUUGGGUUUAGACUUAACUCGGUGCCUUAUGAGAAUCACAAUAACCAACCACGGUGUGUACGGUCAAAUAAAUGUACCUGUAUUAAUGUCA